AUGAACAUGACAGGUGAAAGUUACAACAUCUACAAUGCCAUUUAUGCUGUGGCACACGCAUUGCAUGCAAUAUAUGGAUCAGGAGAACGACCAACCAUGCUGAAGCUUGGAAAGAGGAUCUCAAAUGUCCAGCCAUGGCAGAUUCUUGCUAAUUUGAGGAAUGUCCACUUCAACAACAGUGCUGGAGAUGAAAUCUCCUUCUCACAAAAUGGACUGGGAACUCCUCAUUUUGUUAUUGUCAACUGGGUUUUCCACCCCAAUAAAACUUUAGUCUCUGUGAAAGUUGGGCACAAGGAUCCCAGGGCUGCCCCAGGCCAGGAUUUCACCAUUAACUCUGAUGCGAUCAUCUGGGCCUCAAAGAAGGUGUCCUUUGCCAGGUGUGGCAAGAAGAGGUGCCAGGCAGGAGAAAGGAGAAACGUUCCAGAGGGCAAGCCGGUUUGCUGCUACCAAUGUGCCCCUUGUCCAGAAGGAACCAUCUCAAUUCAGACAGAUGCAGCCCAAUGUGACCCUUGCCCAGAAGACCAAUAUCCCAACAAGGACAAGGACCACUGCAUUGCCAAGAAGAUCCACUUCCUCAGUUAUCAAGAGACCCUGGGAUACAUUUUGAUUUCUCUAGCUCUUUUCCUUUCUGUGAUCACAUCUGCAAUACUGGUGAUUUUCCAUAAACAUCAUGACACACCAAUAGUCAAGGCCAACAACCGAAAUCUCACCUACAUCCUCCUGGUUUCCCUUCUGCUCUGCUUCCUCUGCUCCUUCCUUUUCAUUGGUCGACCUGGGAACUUCACCUGUCUCUUACGACAAACUUCCUUUGCCAUUCUCUUUUCCCUUGCAGUUUCCUCUGUGUUGGCCAAAACCGCCAUGGUGGUUCUAGCCUUCAUGGCCACUAAGCCAGGGAACAGAGCAAGGAAACUCUUAGGAAAACCACUGACCAACUCCAUUAUCUUAGCCUGUCCCCUGAUUCAAGCAGUUCUUUGUGUCACCUGGUUAGCAACUUCUCCCCCAUUUCCCAACUUUGAUUUCCACUCCUUAGUAGGAGAGACCAUCCUGGAAUGUAAUGAAGGGUCAGCUUUAAUGUUUUAUGCUGUCCUCGCCUACCUGGGGUUUUUGGCCCUGGUUUGUUUCUCUGUGGCCUUUCUGGCUAGGAAAUUGCCUGACAGCUUCAACGAAGCCAAGUUCAUUACUUUCAGCAUGCUGGUCUUUUGCAGUGUUUGGAUUACCUUCUUCCCCACCUACCUGAGCACCAUAGGGAAGUCCAUUGUGGCCGUGGAGAUCUUCUCCAUUUUGGUCUCUGGGGCUGGUCUUUUGGCUUGUAUCUUUUUUCCCAAAUGCUACAUUAUCCUACUGAGGCCCCAUCUUAAUUGUAGAGAAAAUAUAAUGAGACACAAGAGUCUCUGA